UCAUUUGAAUGAAAAAACAUACAGUAACAUCUUAAACCAAAGCUUUCAGUCAGUGAUCCAGACCCUGCAGGCACAAAAGCAUUGGCCAGACCGAGGCUGUAAUCCGACUUCAACCACACUUGAGUCUGCUCGUACACCUGACAGCACUUCAGAGAUAUUUCAGGGUCAAUAUGAGGAUGAUAGACAGGUGGUAGAUAUGGAGAUUAGUGAUUCAGACAUGUGUACCACAAGUCCAGACUCGUCUGCAGAAACGGGAUCUGCAUGCAGACCGUCUCAUGUGAAAGUUAACAAGUCUGACAGCCUUCCUGCUGGUGUAAAGUUAAAGGUGCCUACAGCUAAGACUAAUUGGUCCCCUGAAUCAAACCUUUCUCCAGACACACCUGUUAAAACAAUAAAGUUUGAAACUGCGUCAAAAGCAGAGAAGAUGGCAACUCCCCAUACCUGCUCAGUACCCACAUUGAAAUCUGCAUCAACCUCAUCCAAAAGGACAGAAACCACUCCCUCUUUUAGUGCCACCAUCUCAAACGCAACACCCACCGCAAAAUCUGCAACACAGUCAGUCCAGGUGAAAAGUAGAAAAGGAAGUGCAUCUGAAGUGAACUCUUCUUCUGGUAAUGCAUCACAAGCUAGCUGCAGAACUUCAUCUAAAGUUGGGAAAAGUUCGAGAUGGGAUGAUGCAACACCUAAAGCCCCAGUUGCACAUCUGACUAAAGGGACAUCUGUGGCUCCUGCUAAAAUGGCUAAAACGCUUGUUAAACAUGACAGUCCUGAUGCUCCAACUAAGAUGGCACAUGGGCCCAAACUGGUGGGAGAAAAUGCAGACUCUGAAGCCCAUAAGAAGACACGACCUUCUGUUCCCCGCCUGGGCACCACCAUACCUGCCAGCUCUGAGAACAGUGAACCACUUAAAGAGCCUUACUUGCCUGCAAGUAAAUCACCCAGUAAACACAGUCUGAAAGUUGGAGCAAAUCAGCUGAUUGUUGUGUCCUGUGAAAAGAAGAUGCAGGUCUACUGCCUGCUGUGUUCAGAUAAAUUAAACUCAUCCAGUCAGAGUCACCUGACCAAGUUUGACCAUCAGCACAAGUAUAUGAAAAUGAAGUACCCUGAAUGGACAGCAGAGGAGUCACAACUGAAAAGUAAAUUAAGGCAAGACCUGCUCCACUUGGUGCUUAUUGAGAAAGACUUGCCACACACCCGGUUGGCUCAGAAACUGGAGGUGGAGAUGGUUGUGUAUGAAAAACUGAGGACCCUUUCAGGCAAAAAAGCUGUGGAGAAAGUGAAAGAACUGUUGCGACGAAAAGACGCGCACAUUCCCUUGAUUCCUGCAGCUGAUUCGUCGAGUGCUUCUAGGCAAAACGUUUUCAGUUUCUGCGAAGUUUCAAGCUCAGAUGAUGGAAUGCCAAGCUCUUAUGAUGAGGCGGGCAUUCAGGACCAGAUGGCUUUUUUUCAAAUGCCAGAAAUGGACUCGCACGUGAAAGAAGAUUUAAAUCUGAUGGCAUAUGACCAGAGUUUAAAUGAUGAAGUCAUGGAAGUUUAUGACAGGGUUCAGGAUCAAGUUGAUCUAGAACCCAUCCAGAAUCCUGGUUUUUACGCUGAAGAUGUAGCAGACACCACUCAGUUGGAGCCAGAUGCAGAGUUUCAGUGUGGGGUUGAAGUCACACCUCCUGCUGAGAGAUUUGGACUGACGGUGCCAGAUAAAGAAGUACUAAGAGUUCGUUCCAAAAAGCAACCAGACAGGGGAAACAAAAAACUGCAUCAGACACAGCAGAUCCAGAUAAUAGAAAUAGACGAUUCUGAAAGUGAGGAAGACUCCCCAGCGGCUCCGUUACUCAAACAGCAAAGCUCAAACUGUGGUCAGAUUCAGGACCAGCUUCAGUUAUCUGUUCCACAAAACAAAACUCGUCCAGAUCUCACUCUGAGCCAUCAAGCUGAACAAAUACCAGGAGCCAAAGUGGUGAAAACAGCACAUUCUCUCACUCCUGAAACACAACGUAGGAAGAGUGAGUCAGCCUCCCAGGGCCCACGGAGAGCUUUCGAAUGUCCGCAGAAAGCUACACCUGUUCAAACUGCUGCUUCAUCAGCACGGCACAGCGCAUCAGGACCGAGCCACGGAGCCCAACAAGCUCCAAACCACAGCACGGGACCCGGAGAGAAGAGUUUACCGCAAGUGCAGCACAGAGCUGUUGUUGAGUUGAAAGCCCAGAACUGCAGUAAUUUGUCUCGUUUCCUGAGCGCACGUUAUAAGGACACCAAACCUAUCAUUGGUAUGGAGUUUGUGUGGGAGUGUCAGGGGAUGUCUGCUAAAACGUUCUACCUGUGUGAAAGCUGCCAGGAGAUCAUCUCUUUUACGGACAUGUGUCAACACAUGGUCAGCAAGAAUCACCAGACCAAUUUUUUGUGGCAGAAUUACUCUCAGUUUCUGGAUAUGUUCUUGGACUCGAACGAACUGAAUGAAAAGCAAAAAUCAGAAUUAUUUGAUCUUGUUGUCGAGAAACUAUGGGCACGGGAGCAGGCCGAAAAUACGGAUGCACGGGUUCUUAUUCUGCCUUCGGAGCAGCAUGGAUUGGUUCAGACAGCAGCUACUUUCAGCAAAGCUUUACAACUCGUGAAAGGUUCUGUGGACAAGAAACCAGAAUGUCAUCCACCCAUCUCCCAGCAGAACAAAACUGGUCAGAAAGCAGAAAACCCUAGUUUGGAGAAAAAGGCUGGUGUUGGAGAUUUGCAUGUGGUUGGAGAAAGAAUCGUCAUCGAUCUGGAAGCAUACCCCUCUUGCUCAAAGGAUGCACCUGUUGUCUCUUCAGUCCCAAUAGCUGGUGCACAUCUUGUGCCUCAAGAGGCCUGUUGUGGUUUAUUUCCACAACCAGCAUUCAAACCGCACGUGUCUAAUCUCCGAAACUCUGAUCCUCAGCUGCAAGAAAAGCCAGUGUCAGAAUCAUCAACAUCAACCACCAGUACCUCUACAACAGGUCAAAAACCAAAGGUCUACCUCUCAAAUGAAUCCCUUCCAAACAGGAAAAGAGCAGCAGAAACACCUGAAACUCUGCUCCAGUCCUGCACCAUCAGCCCUCAGAAGCACCCUUUGCCAGCCAAACAUACACCCAACCCAGUGAAUGUUAUGACUCAGCACAAACUGGACUCAGCGUUCUCUGCCGUUAACUCUGCUGAGAACCUCACCCCACUGGCUCCGACAGAUAACAACUCUGAACCCACACAAAUGAAACGCACUGUGAACUUGGAGCCAUUAGCAGAACUGAUCUCCAUGAUGAAACAAAGGAAAUUUGAGAAUAUUCAGACUCCCCCCAGGUCAGCUCUUGACAAUGCUGAAUCUACCAGUUCAUCGGACCACAGGAGGGAUUUAAAGCCUCUAAACAUAGAUUCUGAAAAUGCAAAAGAUAAAACAACAUUGGGUUCAGAACAUCAGCUGGUUAAAGCUACAGCCAAGAAAAAUUCAACCUCUUACGCUGUAGUAGCGAACAAGACAGCUUCCUUUGACGUUAAGAAAAACCUCACUACUGGCGUCAGCGCUGCUUCUUCAGCCAACAUUUUGUCUGCGCAGUUUGUGAAGGCCAACCGUCCAGCUGACGAGACCGGAGACGCCGUUGUAGUCGUAUCUACUGCUGCCACGGCAGAAGCCAAAGCCCCACACAUGCUGCCGAGCUCCAGUGCUCAGGACGUUUUCACAAAUGUGAGCAGCUUUUCAGCUGAUUGUGCGCCCAACAACCAAAAAACACACCGGAUGCCACAUAAUAACCCAGAGCCCAGUGGGUCUAGUCAGCAGUCCAUUAGCACCGUCAUAAGUGCCCGACCAAACCUCGUUCAGCACACCUUCCAGGGCAGCAAAAACUGGCAGGCUCACGCUGAUGCGAACAGAAACGAUUGGGUCACUUCCCACGCUGAUCCAACAGCUAAUCUCACUGACACUGCAGCGGUUUCUGGAGGUUCCUACGCUCCACACGGCCAAACUGUUUAUUUCACAGGAGGAGAUUCGGGGUCUUUUUUCACUCAGAUGCCUACUGGUUAUACGACACAAAACAAUCCCCCCAUCACUGCAGCAAGCUCAACUCAGGAGUACGUCUACCCAAACCAGAUGUAUCCAGAUCAGACUGGAAACCCCCUCAGCCUGCCUUCAUUCAGUUACAAUGUAACUGCUCAAAUGCCUCCAGGUUGGGAGUGUCUGGGAGUGCAGCAGCAGUACGCCUUCUGGGCAAGAGAACCAGGAAGUAAUCAGUAGCUUUGUUAAUGUUUUUUGUCUUUUUCUUCUUUUCCAUGUCUUAUUUUCUUAUGUGGUAUUUUAAAUGUUGGCUAGUUGUUCUCUCUUAAAUCCAGUUUGUGUUGUUUUGGGUUUUUUUUAUGCUGCCACAAAGAGUGCUUUGUUUAAAGUAUUUAUGGCAUCACAUUGAGAAGGCGUUUAUAAUGUACCGUAGUUAGUUUUGCAUUUUGUUGUAUGAAGUUUUUGUUGAAGGUUUCAAUUUACAAUCUGAACGCUAUUGGGAACAUUCACUAUGAAGUAUUUGUCAGACAGAAAAUGUCAAUAAGCUAUCUUUUUUCCUGCUUUGUUGCAUUUUUUUUGAAGAAGCAAUAAUUUUAAUAAAAUAUCUGUA